AUGAGCUUGGACAAUCCUCUACUGUGGCCUGAGGUACGGUGGACUGAGCCUGAUUUAUUCGCGUCCAUGCCUGAAUUUUACCAUAACAAAAUUCGCCUACCCAAGAAUGCCCUCUACAAUGAUUCUGAAAACCCAUCCAAGGCAGGAACCAUCUUGACUAGACAAUUUCACAAUACAUUUACAGAGAGCCUCGUCAUCCCGAGCCCGCAAAGUGAUGACUUGAACCCUACUUUCACACCACCUCAGAAUACCGGGACCUGGGAAGACUUCACCCCUAUGUUUCUCGAACAAGCUCGACUCUAUGUGCUGGCUGACAAAUAUGGCAUUGAGCGGUUGUGUCAGCUGGUCAUUUUCAAGCUGUAUCAAACGCUGAGAACAUUCAAACUAUAUGACACGGGAGUGAGUGCUAUUAUUGAGUUUGUUCGAUUCGUCUACUUGAACACACCACCAAAUUACGGUAAGGUUGACGCCCUAAGGAAUUUAGCAACAAGUUACGUUGUUUCUGUUCUUGGACAAAUUGGUAGGAACGAAUGUUUCGAAACCCUUUUAGAGGAAGGUGGUCCUUUCGUCUCUGAUUUCUUCCAUAUCUUGCGGAGUGUCGCGUGA